AUGACGGUGAAGCUGUUCCGGCGCGGUUCACCGCGAUGCAUCGGGUUGCUGUCCGCGUUCGUGACGAUACUGCUCUGCCUGUACUACAUUUCCAUGGGUCAACCAUCACCGGCUGGAUCCGGCCCAUCGGCUCCCACGGGGAUGGAUGGCAAGGACACACCCGGUGCGCUAGCAGGAGGCGGUCCGGCUCACCACAAACGCUCGAACGGAUCGGGAGCGCAACAUACGGCCCCGAACGCCAACCACUCCUGGCACAGCUGGCUUCGGAGCAGCCUGAACUCGAUCGGUGGUGGACCGGAAGCGGGUCGUCGUCUGCGCGUGGGCGAUCGGCUCGGUGAUGGUGCCCGUGGAGGCAGUGAUUCCGGGGUCGACGCGGACGACAGUGGUGGAACCGAGGGUGACGAGGGCGGUGGUGGUCCUUUGCCGCGUUUUGGUAGCCGAUGGGAUGAAUGUGCCGCACUGGAAGAAGCACCCACCGACAUCACCACCGUGGACGAGUAUGGGAAAUUCGAUUUCCAGCCCGAGUGGAUGAAAACCAAAGAGUACUGGGACAAAGAUUUCGAAACUCACUACGAGAAGCUGCAAAAGGACCCCAAAAGACCCCCGCUGAAGAUCGUGGUCGUGCCGCAUUCGCAUAAUGAUCCAGGAUGGCUGAAAACGUUCGUCAACUACUUCCAGUCGGAUUCGCGCCAAAUUCUGAACCUAGCCGUGACGAAAAUGCCCGAGUACGGCAACAUGUCCUUCAUCUGGAGCGAGAUUAGCUUCCUGCAGCUGUGGUGGGACCAGGCGCAUCCAACUAAGCAACGGAUACUGAAGAAAUUGGUGCAAUCCGGCCGACUGGAAAUCACGACCGGUGGCUGGGUCAUGACGGACGAAGCCAACGCACAUCUGUACGCCAUGGUUGACCAGCUCAUUGAAGGUCACCAGUGGGUGAAAUCGAACCUAAACGUCACUCCAAAAACAGGCUGGAGCAUCGAUCCGUUCGGGCAUGGUAGUACGGUGCCGUACCUGUUGGCAGCGUCGGGAUUCAAGGGUACAAUCAUCCAGCGGAUCCAUUACGCCUGGAAGCAGUGGUUCGCUCGCCACCGGUACGGUGAUUUCCUGUGGUCACCGUACUGGAAGAACCCGACCGGAAGCAACGGACGUGACCACACGAUCCUAACCCACAACAUGCCGUUCGACAUCUACUCGAUCAAGCAUUCGUGCGGGCCGCAUCCGUUCAUCUGUCUGAACUUCGACUUCCGGAAGAUCCCAGGCGAGUACACCGAGUACUCGAUCAAGGCGCAGUUUAUCACACCGGAGAACAUCGAGGCGAAAGCGGACCUGCUGAUGGAGCAGUACUCGCGCACGGCCUCCCUUUUCCCGCACAACGUUGCACUCAUCCCGGUCGGGGAUGACUUCCGGUACAACAAGGAGAAGGAGAUGGAGCAGCAGUACACGAACUACAAGAAGCUUAUCGAUUACAUCAACGAGCACCGGCAGAAGUACAAUGCGGAGAUCAGCUUCGGCACACCGGUUGACUACUUCAACGCGAUCCGCGAUCGGUACGACCGGUUCCCGACCCUCAAGGGUGACUUUUUCGUGUACGCCGACAUCUUCAACGAGGGUAGGCCAGCGUACUGGUCCGGCUACUUCACGACGCGCCCGUACUACAAGAUCCUGAGCCGCGAGCUCGAGCAUAACCUCCGCAGUCUGGAGGUACUGUUCACGGUCGCGUUCAACCGAGCGCGACAAGCGGGUAGCUCGAACGCGUUCAAGAUCUACGAGAAGAACUAUGAGAAGAUGAUCCUGGCUCGGCGAAACCUUGGUCUUUUUCAGCACCACGAUGCGAUCACUGGCACGUCCAAAGCGAACGUAAUGCGUGACUAUGCGCUGCGGCUGUUCGAAAGCAUCCAGGACACGGUGAAGCUGCAGGAGAAAACGAUCGAGCUGCUGGUGCAGCGGAAACCGCACGAUCAGCAGCACGGUUUCCUGAUCGGGGAGCUUGAGCGGGACAACUUCGGCAAGCUGCCACGCAAAACGCCCAUCAUCGUGACGGAGGGUCGUAGCACGGACUUUAUCGUGUACAACGCGCUCGCCCAGGACCGGCUCGAAGUGGUCACGAUCCGUACGCUCACGCCCCGCGUUAAGGUGCUGGACGCGAGCGGCAAAACCAUCGACAUCCAGAUCAACCCGGUGUGGAACAUCACGGAGACGUCGUACACGUCGCGCAAGAUCGUACCCUCGGACAAGGAGUACGAGGUGAUGUUUGUGGCGCGCCUGGCACCGCUCUCGCUGACGACGUACACGGCCGCGUACGACGAGGACGGCUACCAGGGCAAGAUGGCGACGCUGUACUGCACCGAGUGUCAGGACGAGAAGGCGAAGGCGACGUUCGAGGUUCGCAGCAAGCAGCCGGGUGACAUCCAGCUCGAGAACUACAAGAUGCGGCUGCUGUUCGACGAGCAGAGUGGCUUCCUCAAGUCGGUCACGAAGAAGCACAUGGGCAAGCAGAUCCAGUGUGCGAUCAAGUUCGCCGCGUACAAGAGCGCUCAGUUCCACUCGGGGGCUUAUCUCUUCAAAACCGACCCGGAGCAGCGCAACUCCGAGAAGGACGUGCUGGAGCAGUACGGCGAUCUGACGAUCCUCAUAACGUCCGGCCCGCUUGCCAGCGAUGUGACCGCGAUCUAUGGGCCGUUCCUGGCGCACACGGUGCGCAUCUACAACUCGAACAGCGUGCUGGACAGCGCGAUCUACAUCGAAAACGACAUCGACUUUGAGGCACCGCCGAAGAACCGCGAAACCGAGCUGUUCAUGCGCUUCGUCACGGACAUCGAGAACGGUGCGAGCGAGAACCCGGAGUUUUACUCCGAUCUGAACGGCUUUCAGUACCAGAAGCGCGUCAAGGUGUCGGCGAUCGGCGUCGAGGGUAACUACUUCCCGAUCACGUCCGGUGCCUUCAUCCAGGACGACCGGAUGCGGUUGACGCUGUUGACGAGCCACGCGCAGGGUGCGGCCAGUCUGGAACCGGGUCAGCUCGAGGUGAUGCUGGACCGGCGAACGCUGUACGAUGAUUACCGUGGCAUGGGCGAAGGUGUCAUCGAUAGCCGGCUAACGAGGCACCGUUUUUGGUUAACUCUAGAGACGAUCGAUCCACCGGCAGCGUCCUCGAUACCUGCCGAACCACCACAGCCCCCUGUAGAGCCCGGUCAAAACGAGGCCGAUGGGGCGGAACGGCCAAAUGUGGCCGCGCCAGCUUCCGGCAGUGACCCGUACCAGUUGCCAAGCAUCUUUGCUAACGCACUCUCGAACGGGUUAAACUACCCGGCGAAUCUGUUCAUCGUCGAGCGGUACGAUGAAAGCAACCAGCUCGAACUAAACCGUGCCGUGCGCCUGCUUCGGGUGCAGUUCCCGUGCGAUCUGCAUCUGCUCAACUUGCGCACUCUCACCGAAAGCAACCUGCCGCUGUUUCCCUCCAGUUCAGCGCUGCUGGUUCUGCAACGCCAAGGCUACAGCUGCCGGAUAGGAGGCGAUGAGGUGAUCGGAUACUUCUGUGGCAACGCCACCGGCAGCAGCAGCAGCAGUAGCGGCAGCAGUACCACCAGCCCCAGCAAUCCUUCCCAUAGGUUCAGCGAUGGUGAUGGCGGAGGAGGAGGUGAGACCGGUGGUGGUGGUGGCGGUGGAACCGAACGGCGGGAACUGCAGCUGUUCCGGCGGUUGCGGAUCGACGCGAUCGAGGCGACCUCGCUGACGGGUUUACACCGGGGCGAACCGAUCAGUUCCUUCACCGACAUCUAUCUCGAACCGAUGGAACUCAAAACCUACAAUCUCACGUUCGCGAAAUAAGGCAAACGUACCCACGUACCCACUACACACCACAUUCCAAGCAUUCCACACACACUCACACAUACACCCAGAUGCUGAAGAUCACAUAGGGCGAAAAGCCGCAUGUAAGGUCCUAGGAGCCAGGGCGCCUGUCUCCAGCGUGUGCG